AUGUCGGCGGACGAGCUACGGCUGGAGCUGGACGACCUGCGGCGGCUGGAGGGUCUAGCCAAGCACCCCCGCGUCCAGACCCUCCUCGUCAACGAGAUCCGCAACGUUGAGGCAAAGUUGGCGAAGGCAACCGAACCGUCGCCGGAGCCACUGGCGGCGGCUUCCGCGCCCGCGCCCGCGCCCGCGCCCGCGGCGCGUCCUGUUUUAAGCUACGUCACGUUGGGGUCGUUCAGCUGGGACCAGGACAACGAGAAGAUCAAGAUAUAUGUUUCCCUUGAGGGAGUUGAGCAAGAGAAGGUGGAGACUACUUUCAAGCCAACAUCAGUAGAUGUAAAGUUUCAUGAUGUCAAAGGCAAGAAUUAUCGGUGUGCUAUACCAAAGCUCAACAAGGAAAUUGUUCCUGAGAAAUGUAAGGUUGUGGUGAAGCCAACAAAGGUUAUUGUUACCCUUUUCAAGGCUUCUAAAGGCAACUGGUUAGACUUGCACUUCAAGGAAGAUAAGUUCAAGCCAAGCAUGGACAAGGAAAAGGACCCGAUGUCAGGAAUUAUGGACUUAAUGAAGAACAUGUAUGAGGAAGGCGACGAGGAUAUGAAACGCACAAUAGCCAAAGCUUGGUCUGAUGCCAGGUCUGGGAAGACGACUGAUUCGCUGAGCGGAUUACGUUGA